AUGUCAUAACAAGACAUCAUUUACAUUGUCUUAACGAUAUAAAUAUAUAUUAAAUCAUUUUAUGACAGAUAGGGUAUAGGCUCCAUAUAAAGCUCUAAAUUCCAUCCUCUGUGCGUUUUUGCCAUUAAUUUUGUGGAAGAUAGAUAUUAGACACAGAAAAUGAAAUCCAUACUUGCUGUUAUUUGCUUUGUUGGUUUCGUUGCUUGUCAAUCUCCAGCAUCACCACAACCAGAACCAACAUCUAAGGCUGCCCCAGAACCAGCACCUGUCGUUGUAAACACAGUCAAAGUAACAGCACAAAGGACCGUCACUAAAUCUACAAAGAAAGGAUGUGACCCCGCAUGCGACACCCCAUUUGAAACAUGUGUGAGACUUGCUAAAUGUCAGGGAAAUGACUGCUUCAGAUGCGCUGUGACAGUGAGUAUCGUUUUACCUGGAGCCGGUGAAACCAUGACAAAACCAGCAAAGGAAACACCAGUAACUCUUCCUGCUGACCUCCCUAAUGUGUUUCAGAUGCUUAAUGCCGCUCAGAGUAACCAAUUAUUGAAUGUGCCAGCUCAAACAGGAAACUCAAUGUUCGGCAGUCAAGAUCCUAUGCAGAAUAUGUUAAUGGGAUCUUUUAUGUUCGAUGGUGGAAUGUUCUUCUAAACGAAAUGAGACAGCCUGAACUUGAAACAUUGCAAUGCAAUUAAAAAAUCAUAAUUUAUGAAAAUCAUCUACCAUUAUCAUAAU